GUGAUGACUACGACUGCAAAGCAAAAUAGCCAAGUUUCAUUUCAGUAAAAUUCGUAAAUGUUCAACGUGAACGUUGAAAAUGUCUUUUUUGUAAGUUUCAAUUUUAAAUGUAGGGUGGUUUCUUCGUCAUCAGUUUUUAAUUAAUUAAAACAUGGGUAUCUCUCGUGAUCAUUGGCAUAAACGCAGGAAAACCGGAGGUAAACGUAAACCUCUGCGUAAGAAGAGGAAGUUCGAGUUAGGACGACCUGCCGCUAACACGAAGUUAGGAGUGAAAAGAAUCCACACCGUAAGAACUCGAGGAGGAAACAAGAAAUUCCGCGCUUUGAGAUUAGAUCAAGGAAAUUUCGCUUGGGGUUCCGAAGGUAUCGCUAGAAAAACUCGUAUCAUCGAUGUUAUAUACAACGCCUCUAACAAUGAAUUGGUAAGAACGAAAACCCUGGUAAAAAACGCCAUCGUUGUGAUUGACGCUACUCCAUUCAGGCAGUGGUUUGAAUCGCACUAUGCUCUACCUAUCGGUCGUAAGAAGAGUGCCAAAUUGACUGAAGCCGAAGAAGCCGUAUUGAAUAAGAAAAGAUCCAAGAAAGCCGAACAGAAAUACAAGAAGAGGCAAAAGCUCGCUAAAGUUGACCCAGCUAUCGAAGAACAAUUCCACACAUCUCGAUUAAUCGCUUGCAUCGCCAGUCGACCAGGACAGUGUGGAAGAGCUGACGGUUACAUCUUGGAAGGUAAAGAAUUGGAAUUUUAUUCGAGGAAAGUCAAGGCGAAGAAAGGCAAAUAAGCCUGUUAAAUAUUACAUAUUUUCUAUGUAAUUUCCAUCUUAAUACACUGGUUUAUUUUUAUUUGA